AAAACAGCGUGGACAUGCAGAUCCUGACCCCUCAUGUUUACUGGGCUCAGCGGCACGGAGAGAUUUACCUCCGUGUGGAGCUGAGCGAUGCCAAGAAUGUCAACAUCAGCCUGCAAGAAAACAACACACUUCAGUUCAGAGCACAGGGCCACGGAGCUAAGGGAGAUAAUGAAUACAAGUUCAGUUUGGAGUUCCUGAAACCCGUCAGACCCGAGAUCAAGCACAAGUCCACUGAGCGUCAGGUGGACAUCAAAAUCAGGAAGCAGGAGGAGCGCUGGUGGGACCGGCUGACGCUGCAAGAGAAGAAGCCUCUGUUUCUGGCCCCAGACUUCGACCGCUGGCUGGACGAGUCAGACGCUGAGAUGGAGCUUCAGGCUAAGGAGGAGGAGAGGAUAAACAAGAUAAGCGUGCAGUCAAGAGUUCGCAGUGACCCCUACCUGGGCCUGAAGAAAGGUUACCUGUUCAUGUACAACCUGGUGCAGUUCCUGGGAUUCUCCUGGGUCUUUGUCAACAUGACUGUCCGCCUCUUUAUUCUUGGUCAAGACUCGUUCUAUGAUACCUUCCACACCACAGCUGAUAUCAUGUAUUUCUGUCAGAUGAUGGCCGUGCUCGAGGUCAUUAAUCCCUUGUUGGGUCUGGUUAAGACCGGAGUUUUUCCUGCUAUGAUACAGGUUACGGGGAGGAAUGUUAUUUUGUUCGUCAUCUUCGGCAGCCUCGAGGAGAUGCAGAACAAGUCUGUCGUCUUCUUCGUCUUCUACUUGUGGAGCGCCAUUGAGAUCUUCAGGUACCCAUUCUACAUGCUGGCCUGCAUCAACACAGAGUGGGAGAUGUUGACGUGGCUGAGGUACAGCAUCUGGAUCCCUCUUUACCCGCUGGGGGUCGUAGCUGAAGCGGUGGCUGUGAUCCAGUCCCUGCCCAUCUUUGACGAGACCCGUCUGUUCAGCCUGCCUCUCCCUGCGAUGCUGGGGCACUCUUUAAGCUUCUCCUACACUUUGCAGCUCUACCUGGUCUUCAUGUUUCUCGGACUCUUCAUCAACUUGCGGCACCUGUACAAGCAGAGAAGACGACGAUACCGCUCGAGGAAAAGGAAAGUCCACUAACUGAUCGACACCCUAGCCUCGCACACACUUCGAAGCAGCUGAUUUUUUGUUUUUCUAUUUUCCUUUUAUUUCCUGUUUUCAUUUUCCGUGCACACUGAGGUGAUGUUGGUCACAUUAUUCCUCCACUGUGUGAACUCUUAUCAUGUACUGUAAAUCCUUCUGUAGCAGAUGGACGCAUCACUGCUGGGCAGAUCUGUAUGGGCUGAUCUCACUGCUGAGAGAUUGAAUUGUAUAUUCUAUGACAUUGUCCAGAUUUAUUAACAUUUCCACGCUCGAGGUGUCUUCAUAAAGUCAUGCUUGUGUUUGUUUUUGGCACAUAAAUAAGAGAAGUGAUUUUUCACCAUAAGAGAGGUUGUGUGAUGACUAGUCUUUACCAUGCUAAUGUGAACUCUGCACAAAAAGGCUCAACAGUGGCGAAAUUGUUACAGAAGCUGAAGUUAAGCUUUAUCACCACUUGAAAUUUUAAAGCUGUUGUGUCAGAUGCCUUUAUAAUAAAACACUGUGGCUGCAAAGUAUGAACAGUUUUAUAGUUUAAUUUUUUUUUUCUGGUCACACGAGUGUAUUGCCAGGAUUUAUUUGCAUAAUUGAAUGAUUCACAAUCCUUCAUGCAGAUCCUUACAUUAGUUUUAACAACAUGCAACACGAGCUGUAGUCCAUCAACUCCCCGUCCCUCUGCCAGUUUGCUGCUCUAGCUGAGCUUCAGUUUCCCGUCUCUUCCAGUGACGUAUCAGGGGUGCCGCUGCCCUUCUCUGCCUGCUGUUUCAGCCGCCCCGGUGUCCACCUGUUUUCACUGCUCGGUACCUACAAAACGUGUAUGAAAUAUAAAAAUAUGUGGAGGAGCUGUUCACACCUUAUUUUAUUCUUUGUCCAGGUUUUUUCAUCAUUUACUUAAUUGUUCACCAUUUCCCAGCCGCUGUUUUUUAUUGUUAUUCUGAAAUUGUUGCCAUUUCAUGUGUGUGUUCCUGGUCAUUGUGUGUGUGUGUGUGUGUGUGUGUGUGUGUGUGUGUGUAUGUAUGUGUUUUUGAAAGAUGUCUUUCGUAAAAGUUGUGUAGUGGACACAGCUUGAUAUGGAGUGCUCACUUUUUUUUUGUUUGUUUUGUUUUGGCGUUUGUUUGUUUUUUCCAUGUCUUUACAUCUUAUGCAGGCAAAUUUGGACCUCUGUUGGGUUUGAUUAUAAGUUUG